UACAGAAGUCUUUGUUACACACAGUUACAGUAUCACCACGCUUGCAGCCUAUAUCUAUCUGUAACUAUUACACACAUAUAGGUGCUAUUUGUGAACAUAUCAAUACUAAUAAGUGUCAUGAUAAUAUAAUAAUCAUGAAUUCUAACUUUUGCAGGUUAACUUACGCAUGACUGGUGAGAAGACAAGUUUGAAGAUUCACACGCCAUUAAGGUACGCAUAACAUUUGGCAUUGUGUUUGUAUAUUGAGUAGUGUGUACGGUAAAGGCUAUAGUAAGUACUAAGAUGACAAUAUCGUUAUGUAACAGAUCUAUUAAGGUAUGCACAAGAGUGCCAAUACAGCUGGCUAUUAUUAAAAUAAAAAACACUUAAAAUCACUUUUACACCUAGACCUUAAUUGUAUAUAUGCCAUUGUAAAAUGUUGCCCGAUCUGGCAAAAUGAGUUGGAAGUCACUAGUAGAGAUUUAUCCCUUAAAGCCAAAUACACAGUAGAGCAUUAAGUUGAUCGAUUUUUCGUGUUUAAUUAAUUUGAAUAGGGAAAAAAAUACUCAAUUUUAACUUGCCGAAGUCUGAAAGUCCACAGUGAUCAAUAUAAUCUUGAAAUAUAACAUUUUGUAGACCCUAUCAUUCCAUAAACAUUAACUCUGCAAACUUUAAAUGUCUUUUUCUACAUUUUGGUUCAGAUAAUUAUUGACAUAACAGCCCUUCCACUGUGACGUGCAUGACAUUUCUACAAAAAUAUACUCCAUACAUAAUUUUCACUGCUAGAAACCUCUCUUUCAGUGAAGCGACCACCUUGUGUCCUGGUAUCAGGAGAUCAGACCGGUUACCCGGGUGUCAGGAUAUCUGAUCGGUUUCAUCAUAACAGCAGGAGAGCCUAUAUAUAUAGGACGUGAAUUCUACAAGUGAGACGAGGCUGUUUUCGAAGCAAAACACAUGGUCGUAACUUGAACGCCAGACAGGGUAGACACCUGACGUGUGUGACCAGUACGUGGCAGAUUUCCCUGAAGCACGAUGGAGUAUGUGAGAAUUAAUUCCGGGGAAAAUCCAUAUGAUUGCAUACUGUGUGAUGCUUCCUUCUCCUAUCUGAGUAUUGUGAAGGUACACAUGAGAAGUCACACGGGAGAGAAACCGUAUAAGUGCGAUCUGUGUGAUGCUGCCUUCUCACAAUCGGGUAAUCACACAGGAGAGAAACCGUAUAAGUGCGAUCUGUGUGAUGCCGCAUUCUCACAAUCGGGUAAUCUGAAGACACACGUGAGAACUCACACAGGAGAGAAACCAUUUAAGUGCGAUCUGUGUGAUGCCGCAUUCUCAGACUCGGGUUAUGUGAAGAAACACAUGCGAACUCACACGGGAGAGAAACCUUAUAAUCUGAAAAAACACAUGAGAACUCACACGGGGGAGAAACCGUAUCAAUGUGAUCUGUGUGAUGCUGCCUUCGCACAAUCAAGUAAUCUGAAGAGACACAUCAGAACUCACACGGGAGAGAAAACGAAGAAGAAAAAGACGAAAGAAAAAAUCAUUCAUAAUAUGCGACAGGGCUCAUCUGAGUCGUCUGCGGUGCGUUCUGACUUGAUCACAGAGUUCCAUAUUGGUGCCUACGUGCAUUAG